AUGCUGUACGUACCUCAGACAAUGAUGGCUCCUUUGUGUCCAAAGGAAUUUCUGGCGGGUCUUCUGGUUCUAGCCUUGAACAGUCACCCAGUGGAACCUCACUUGAUUCUCUCCUUCUUCUCCAAUAACCAAUCACUCGUAAAUCGCUGCGAAGUACUGCCUGGCUUAGCGGAUCAUGAUGCCAUCUUUGUAGAAUCCAGUCUUCGCCCAAUGAGAGUUCGUAAGCCUCCAAGAAAAGUGCACCUGUACAAGAAAGCUGAUUUCGACAGUCUCAGAGAUGAACUGUCUGCCUACCUACCAGAGUUCACGGAAAAUACAGCCAACAUCUCAGUCGACCACACUUGGAAGGCUUUCGAGAACAAACUGAAGUCGCUGAUCAGCAAAAGAAGACGGGGCUGCGAAACCCAGCUACUGGCGCUGACGAAUGAGCUCGUCCAUUCCAUGGCCCGCCAUAAACAACAUGACCUUGCUGUACUUGAUUUCAGCAAGGCAUUCGAUCGGGUCCCGCACAGUCACCUGCUCACCAAACUCAACCACUAUGGCAUCAGGGGUUACACCUUGAAGUGGAUUGAAGCCUUUCUGACAGAUCGCACGCGCAGAGUAAGGCUAUUCGCAGAUGACUGUGUGGUUUAUCGGGAAAUCAACUCGGAAGAAUACUGCCUGAUCCUACAAAACGACCUGAUAAAGCUAGCCGAAUGGGAGAAACAAUGGGGUAUGGACUUUCACCCAGAGAAGUGUAGCAUUCUCCGUGUCCACAGAAAGAGGAACCAAAUCAUAUUCCGUUACUCCCUGAAAGACCACAUCCUCGAGACUGACUCGACUACCAAGUACCUGGGAGUAACCUUGUCCCAAAACCUUUCACGGAACCACCAUAUGGACAUCACGGCGAAAAAGGGAAACAGUACACUCGGCUUCCUCCAGCGCAACCUACGCGUCAGCAAUGAGAAGGUCAAGACCACGGCAUACACUUCUCUUGUCCGGCCAGGCCUUGAGUAUUGCUCCACAGUGUGGAACCCAUUUACAAAGGACCUGGUUUACAAGCUCGAGAUGGUACAGAGGAGGGCUGCUAGAUAUGUGACCAACCGAUACCACAACACCAGCAGCGUAUCCUCCAUGAUCGAGCACUUGGGGUGGGAGACGCUCGAGUCACGACGGACCAAAGCGCAACUCACCAUGCUGUACAAAAUCAUCAAUGACCUGGUGGAUAUCCCAGCCAACCAAUACCUUGUACAAGCCCCAAGUCGCCCUAAGGACCAUAACAAGAAGUACCACCAGCCGUCUACAUCCACAUCUUGCCACAAGAACUCAUUCUUUCCACGAACCAUAUCCGUUUGGAACCACCUCCCUGCGUAA